AUGGACCAUCCUUGGGUUAAUACCCCGGAACAAGUCCUAGAGCACUUCGGCGUCGACAGCUCUCGCGGACUCACUGCAGCUCACGCCGCAAAGCAUGCUGAAGUGUAUGGAAAAAACGAACUUCCAGAAGAACCUCCGACUCCACUAUGGGAGCUUAUCCUAGAACAGUUCAAGGAUCAGCUGGUGAUGAUCCUGCUUGCGUCAGCAGUUAUAUCCUUCAUUUUGGCAUUGCUAGAUGACUCUGAGGAUACCACUUUAUUUGGAGCAUUUGUCGAACCCAUCGUCAUAUUGCUCAUUCUUAUCGCGAAUGCAACUGUUGGAGUGGUACAAGAAACAAACGCAGAGCAAGCCAUAGACGCCUUGAAGGAAUAUUCCCCAGAUGAGGCCAAAGUCCUCAGGUCCGGCCAAUUAGCCCAUAUUCACGCUUCUGAACUCGUUCCAGGUGACAUCGUGUCAGUCUCAGUUGGCGACAAAAUUCCGGCGGAUUGCAGAAUCUUGUCCAUAUCCUCUAGUAGCUUCAGGGUAGACCAGGCCAUCCUCACUGGCGAGAGCGUUAGCGUGAACAAGUCGGUCGACGUUGUCUCUGACACAGGCGCCGUGAAACAGGACAUGACAAACAUGCUCUUCUCUGGUACCACAGUAGUCAAUGGGAGUGCGCGAGCCAUCGUCACUUUCAUUGGUAUGAAGACCGCUAUCGGCCACAUUCAUCAUUCAAUCUCGCAGCAAAUUAGUGAAAAGACUCCGCUCAAACGCAAACUCGACGAUUUCGGUGACAUGCUGGCCAAAGUGAUCUCCGUCAUAUGUAUCCUGGUAUGGUUGGUCAAUUUCCGGCACUUCUGGGACCCUGCACACCAUGGCGUAAUGAAGGGUGCUAUCUAUUACUUCAAAAUUGCCGUGGCUCUUGCUGUAGCUGCGAUCCCAGAAGGCCUUGCUGCCGUCAUUACAGCAUGCCUGGCUUUAGGAACAAAGAAGAUGGCGCAGAAGAACGCGAUUGUCAGGAAUUUACCAAGCGUGGAGACCCUCGGAUGUACCAACGUCAUUUGCUCGGACAAAACGGGCACUCUCACUACUAACCAAAUGAGUGUUUCAAAGUUCCUCACCAUCAAUGCGCAAAGCGGCCUUCCAGAAGACCAUCACGUUGAAGGUACAACUUAUUCCCCACACGGCUCCAUCACCUCUACCAAAGGAAAGGGCGUGGAUCUGCAGUCUGAUCCUCUCAGGCGUCUCGCGGAGAUUAGCGCCAUCUGUAAUGAUGCAAAGAUCGUCUACAACUCUGACAAGGCCUCAUACAGUAAUGUGGGGGAGCCGACUGAAGCUGCCUUGAAAGUUCUCGUAGAGAAGAUUGGUUGUCCGAGCAAAGAAGUAUCCCAGUCCCUUCCCACACUUUCGCCGUCUGUGCGGGCGAGUGUAGUGAAUGAGUACUAUGAGCGUUCCAUCCCGAAGCUACUCACCAUGGAAUUUUCACGUGACCGCAAGAUGAUGUCUGUCCUUGUACGGCUGAAUGGAAAGGGUGCCCUCUUUGUCAAAGGAGCCCCCGAGUCUGUCUUGGAGCGGUGUACUUCAGUUAUGGUGCAUGGCAAGGUCAUUCCAUUAACUGCAGAGCUACGUAAAAUACUCCUCGCCCAAACGGUUUCUUACGGGUCCAUUGGUCUUCGCACUCUGGCCUUCGCCUACGUAGACGUUCAAGACGUUGAUCCCGCUCACUAUCAAAGUCAAGACACUAGCGAUUAUGCUCGCUUUGAACAGAAUCUGGUGUUCGUUUCUCUUGUUGGAAUGCUCGAUCCUCCAAGACCGGAGGUCCGUCUCGCUGUUGCGAACUGUAAAGCCGCUGGUAUUCGUGUUAUCUGCAUCACUGGCGAUAAUAAGGGUACUGCAGAAACGAUCUGUAGGCAGAUUGGAAUCUUCGGGGAGAAUGAAGACUUGACAGGGAAGAGCUAUACUGGCCGGGAACUAGAUGAUCUCAGUGCUGAGGAGAAGAUCAAGGCUGUACAACGUGCUAGUCUCUUUACUCGAACAGAACCAGCGCACAAGAGCCAACUUGUUGAUAUCCUGCAAGGUCUUGGGCUUGUUGUAGCGAUGACUGGCGAUGGUGUAAACGAUGCUCCAGCACUGAAAAAGGCAGAUAUCGGAGUCGCCAUGGGAAGUGGUACUGAUGUUGCCAAACUAGCUGCCGAUAUGGUGCUCGCGGACUCCAACUUUGCAACUAUAGAGCUUGCGGUAGAAGAAGGUAGACUCAUAUACAACAACACUAAGCAAUUUAUCCGAUACCUAAUCUCGUCAAAUAUUGGCGAAGUCGUUAGCAUAUUUUUGACUGUUCUGCUCGGCAUGCCAGAAGCCCUUAUCCCAGUACAACUCUUGUGGGUCAACCUUGUUACGGACAGUUUGCCUGCCACCGCCCUUGGGUUCAACCCACCUGAUCAUUCUAUCAUGCGGGUCCCUCCAAGAAACAGUCGAGAGCCUCUUGUUGGAAAAUGGCUGUUCUUCCGUUACAUGGUCGUUGGUACUUACGUCGGAUGUGCUACCGUGUUCGGAUAUGCGUGGUGGUUCAUCUUCUACUCAGAAGGGCCGCAGAUCACAUUCCAUCAACUCACGCAUUUCCACCAAUGCUCUACACUCUUUCCAGAAAUUGGCUGCGAGAUGUUCACGAACGUUAUGGCGCAUCGGGCGACAACCAUGAGUCUGUCGAUUCUGGUAACGGUAGAGAUGUUCAACGCAAUGAACUCGUUAUCUGAAAAUGAGAGUCUGCUACGUUUACCCGUGUGGAAGAACCCGUUCCUUGUGGGAGCAAUAACUCUUAGCAUGGCACUUCAUUUUGCUAUUUUGUAUAUUCCAUUCUUCACGGCGUUGUUUCAAAUAACACCGCUGAACUGGGCUGAAUGGCAAAUGGUUUUGUAUCUCAGCUUGCCUGUCCUUGCCAUCGACGAGGUCCUAAAAUUUGUGACGACCAUGUUUAUUGACCCUCCCACCCAAGUGGAGUUGAAAUGA